AAGUAGUAGGCUUAAACAACAACAAGAUCAAAAUUCAACAGGGAAUACAUUAAAACGUGCAACGAUUGAACGCCCGAUAACUAAUGUCCCUUCAGUAUCAGUCGCGUCAGAAUUAAAGGAAAUAAGACUAUCUGAAAUUCACGCACAACUUCAGUCUAAAGCUUCCAAGCAAAGGGCCACUUCUCUAGCCAAAUAUUUUCGUGUAAUAGAAUAUGGAAAGGGAGACAUUUUAAUGGGCGUCAGAGUACCAGACGUGCGAUCUUUAUCAAAGAGCCUGGGUUUUUUAUCAUAUCCAAUUUUAAAAAAACUUAUUAAAUCAAAGUAUCAUGAAGAAAGAUUAUUAGCGGUUAUAAAUGUAGUUACGAAAUUUAAAAAUACUCAAGAUCCAACAGAACUUGCAGAAAUUUUUAGAUUUUUUAUCGAGCAAAUGCGAGAAGGAGUGGAUAACUGGGACUUGGUUGAUUUGUCAGCGAGUCAGGUCGUUGGUAAUUUCCUAAAAGAUAAACCCGAUAUUAAACAAUUAUGGUUGUAUGAGAAAUUAGCUGUAUCAAAACGACUUUGGGAUAGAAGGAUUGCAAUAGUAUCUACACAAAAUUUCAUUAACCAUGGUGAAUAUAAAGAUACGCUAACACUGGCUGAGAUGUUUUUAAGCGAUGCAGAAGAUUUAAUACAUAAAGCAACAGGAUGGACAUUAAGGGAGAUGGGCAAGAAGUCAAAGCCGACUCUUGUCAAGUUUUUGAACCAACAUGCACAUAGAAUGCCAAGAGUGAUGCUGAGAUAUAGUUUAGAAAAAUUUUCUGAACAAGAGCGAAAGAUAUACAUGGAGACAAUUUUUGUUGUGUGUUAG